UCUUUCCUCAUCGAGACACAAUUCAACGGUCUAUAUUGUGAGAUACGAUACGAUACCAGGUUUGUGUGCAUGAAUAUGCCACCGUCCUCAAUUCAACUAUCACCAGAUAAUACAUUGGAUAACGCCACAUAACCACCACAAUUUCUUUUCUUCAAUCACUUCCAAAACCCUACCUCCACCGUGCCUUCCGUCGUGCCUUGGUCACGGCUGAACAGUCAUCUUAGUGGGCUUGUUUAUUUGAGCUUUGCACACUACAUACAAUCACCAACUAUGGAAUGGAUAUUAAUUAUAGUAUUAUACAGUUACUCAAAACGAAGGUUCAAUUUGAUGAAACUAAUUCUUGGUCUUGGACAAGCAAAGAGAGUUUGUGAAGCUAGCAAGCACAUAGAUUCUUUCAAGUUCAGACUAUAUGCUGCAAUUAUCAUUCCACAUGACAGCAACAGCCAUUCUUUGCUAUAAUCCAUCUAACAAUUUUUUGAGGACAAAUCAGCCUAAACAAAGAUACUUGAAAAAUAAUUCAUUUUCUCCCAGUUUAUCUGCUUCAAGAUCAUUCACUUGUGGGUUUGCUCCUUUCAAACUCUUGGUGAAAAGGGCGAUGGAUGGAUCUGUAAGAACUGCUUACAGAGAUGGAAAGAGUGAUGGACAUAUUGAAGUGCUUGAACAAGAAGCUUUUGUUGAUAGGUCAUCUGAAGUUCAGCCUAAGUUUUUGUUCCAAGAGGUGGAAUCAACUCUUAACCGACUGAGCAAGUGGAUAGUAUCUGCCCUAUUUGGUAUUUUUGUUAUUUGGAGGCAUGAUGAAGAAGCCCUGUGGUUUGCAGGGGGAUCUGUUGUAAAUGCAAUGCUUUCUGUUUUACUCAAACAAAUAUUGAAUCAGAAACGACCUUCAACUCUGAAAUCUGACCCUGGGAUGCCAUCUUCACAUUCUCAAGCCAUCUUCUUUGCUGUCAUGUUUACUAUCUUGUCAAGUAUCGAAUCAUUUAGAAUCACUGCAUUCACCAUUACUAGCAGUGGCCUGGUUUUGGCACUUGGUUCAUAUUUGUCAUACCUGCGAGUCUCGCAAAAGCUCCAUACAGUGAGCCAAGUGGUUGUUGGAGCUGUUGUUGGAUCCAUUUUCUCUAUCUUAUGGUAUUGGUUAUGGAAUACUUUGGUGCUAGAUGCUUUUGCAUCCUCUUUGUGGGUCAGAAUCGUUGUUAUUAUAGGGUCUGCAGGAUUUUGCUUGGGUUUUCUUUUACAUGUGGUUCGACAUUGGCUUAAAGACAAUGAAAUUUGAUCAAAAUGUGUUAUAACACCAACAUUGUACCCUACUGUAAAUGUAAGGUCUGAGGCAUUUUAUUAUGGAUCAUUGUAAAAUUGAAUUUUGACAAAAAUAUAUUCUCAUUAAUUUAGACAAAAAUUGCUUUACUUUUAAUUUAAUAA